AUGCCUGCUGAGUUGAUGCUUUCUUUUUCUUUCCAUUUAUUCAAUUAUUUACUGAAAUUUGUGCUUUUAGCUGACAUUUGCUUUGCAGUCCCUAAAGUUUUUCUGCAAAGUCUGGCAUUCUUGGAAGUCUUACAUGGCGCUAUAGGGAUUGUUCCUAGUGGAGUGCUACUCCCUUUGAUGCAGUGGGGUGGGAGAACUCAUUUUUUACUUGCUAUCGUUCGCUCAAUCACAGAGGUCCAGGAAUUGCCAGCAGUUUUCAUAACGUUUUCUGCUUGGAGCAUAUCGGAAGUGAUUAGAUAUUCACAUUAUGCCUUGAAUUGCAUUAGCUCUGCUCCACAUUGGGUCACUUACCUCAAGUACACUGCUUUUAUCGUGCAGCCAUGUCCCUCUUCAUCCAUUCAUACUGCAGCCAUGUCCCUCUUCAUCCAUUCAUACUGCAUAAAAACAUUGAGGUAAUUCUUUUAGUAUUUGAUAGUCACAUUAAACUCUGAGUCUCUGACUAAUUCAAAGUUGAGUUGUUGUAUGGACACCAUUU